AUGGACAAUGAAAGUGAAGAAGGAUGGUCGAAGACUGUCACCGUUGAGGGUGUUGAAGAGAUUGAAGUUGAGGCGCAAGCCGAUUUAACAAAUAUGACAAAGGAAAAUGAUAUACCAUUGGAAUUUGAAGACAUGUGGCUUUAUGAUGAAGAUGAAGUUUUUGAAAAUGAGGCUGGAGUUUAUGAAAAUUUUGCUGAUGAUGAAUCCUUUGAGGAUAUUGAAGAGCAGAGUGAUUCAGAGACAGAUGAAUACGAUGGGCUAUUCAUGGAAAUGGUGAGGCUGAGCAGAGGACUGAAGGGUCAGUUAGAUUUUUGUUGUGUAGGCCCUGAUGAAGUAAAGAACUUCCAUUUUGCAAAUGUGGAGGUUGCUUAUGAGUUUUAUCAUUGGUAUGGAAGAAUCAUGGGUUUUUCUGCCCGCAGAGGAACUAUACGCAGAAAUACAAAAGGGGAAGUUGUUCAGCAAACAUUUUUAUGCCAUAGACAAGGAUUUCGUGAAGACAAAGGAAAUUUUGAAGCAAUUAGAAUGAGACGAUCGAAGGCUGAUUUUAGAUGUGGAUGUGAAGCAAAAUUCCAGGUGCACAUUGACCCUCCCUCGCAAAGAUGGUAUGUAACUUGUUUCCAAGAUUGGCAUAAUCAUGAUCUUGUGCCGAAGCAGCAAGGUGGUUUUUUGGCUGGUCAUAGGGAAAUGACUAAUGCGGACAUUAUGUCAAUGAAUAGUUUCAUGAAAUCUGGUAUAAGGGCUCCGGAAAUAUUUAAUUGUUUUGCCAGUCAGUCAGGAGGUUAUGAGAAAGUUGGGUUUGGACCGAAAAAUAUGGAAAAUCAGCUUGCGAAGCAAAGUCGGUUACAUUUGUCAGAUGGGCGUAACGCUGUAGAUUAUCUGAGAUGGUUGGGUUUAAAUGACCAACUCAUGUUUGAGCGGCACACAGAUGAUUUUGAGCAUGGCGUUGAAAAUCUGUUUUGGUGUGAUGGUAUAAGUCGAUACAAUUACAAAGUGUUUGGUGAUGUAGUUGCUUUUGAUGCAACUUACAAAAAGAACAAGUAUCGGCGACCGGUGGUAGUAUUUUCAGGUGUUGACCAUCACAACAAAACCAUUAUAUUUGCCACUGCAAUUGUGGAUAAUGAAACUGAACAAACCUAUGUCUGGUUAUUAGAGCAGUUUGCAGAAGAUAUGUAUGGGAAGUUACCGGGGGCUGUCAUAACUGAUGGUGCGCAACCAAUGCGCAAUGCCAUUAGAAGAGUAUUUCCAAAUGCUCACCAUCGGCUAUGUGCAUGA